ACGAGCUCAGCCUGCCUCUGCCAUGUCUCUCUCCCCAGGCCGGGCCCGCAGGGGCUUCCGCGCCCUCUCGGCCUGCUCUGUGCGCCCGGGGGCCCGGGGCCCAGCCAGGCCCUCCUGCUCCUUCAGCAGCAGGAGCCUCAGUGCUUCCGGGGGGCGCCGAGGAGCCUCCCAGGGGCGGGCCUGGGGGGCGCAGUUCGGCCCAGGCCGUGGGGCGGCAGGCCCCGUCCGCUGCCCUCCGGGGGGCAUCCAGGAAGUGAGUUUCAACCAGAACCUGCUCAUCCCCCUGAAGAUCGAGAUCGACCCCCAGUUCCAGGAGGUGCGGACGCAGGAGACCCAGGCCAUCCGCAGCCUCAACAACCAGUUCGCUUCCUUCAUCGACAAGGUGCGUUUCCUGGAGCAGCAGAACAAGGUCCUGGACACCAAGUGGAGCCUGCUGCAGGAGCAGGGGCCCCGCGCCGACCCCCGGGGCCUCGAGUCCUUCUUCGAGGCCCAUGUGGCCCAGCUUGGGCAGUGGCUGGAGCAGCUGCAGAGAGACCGGGGAGCACUGGAGGCCGAGCUGCAGUCCUGCCGCAGCCAGGAGGAGGAGUACAGGACCAAGUUCGAGCAGGAGGCCCAGAGGCGCGCCACGGUGGAGAAUGACUUUGCGGUGCUUAAGAAGGAGGUGGACGGGGUAUUCCUGAGCAAGAUGGAGCUGGACGACAGGCACGAGUCUCUCCGGGUGUACGUCGACUUCCUGAAGCAUCUGUAUGAGGAGGAGCAGGCCCAGCUCCAGACGCAGGCCAGCGACAUGUCUGUGGUCCUGUCCAUGGACAACAACCGCUGCCUGGACUUCAAGGAUGUCAUCGCCGAGGUGCGCGCCCGCUACGAGGAGAUCGCGCGGGCCAGCAAGGCCGAAGCGGAAGCGGCUUACCAGAGCAAGUACCAGGAGCUGCAGAGGUCCGUGCAGCAACGCGGGGACAGCGUGCAGGUGACCAGAGGCCAGAUCUCCCAGCUGCAGCAGGCGAUCAAGAAGCUGCAGAGUCAGAUUGAGACUCUCAAGACGCAGAACUCCAGCCUGCAGGACGCCGUGGCCGACGCGGAGCAGCGCGGGGACGCGGCCGUGAAGGACGCACAGGCCAAGCUGGCCGGGCUGGAGGCUGCCCUGAGGGACGCCAAGCAGGAGCUGGCCCGGCUGCUGCGCGACUACCAGGAGCUGAUGAGCACCAAGCUGGCGCUGGACGUGGAGAUCGCCACCUACCGCAGGCUGCUGGAGGCCGAGGAGAGCCGGAUGUCUGGGGAGUGCAGCAACCAGGUCACGAUCUCUGUCGGGGGAGGCGGUGCCUCUGCGUGCGGGGGAUUCGGCGCUGGCCUGGGGGGCACCUGUGGCCGCGGAGGCAGGAGAGGCGACUUUGGCUCCAGCUGCACCAGCAUCGUGAAGGGGGGCUCCGGGGCCUCGCUCGGCCCAGGGUGGGACUCCCUGCUGGGCUCUUGCUCUGUGUCCGGUUCCGGCUCCAGCUCCAACGCCAGCUGCGGCGGCCACACCAUUGUGAAGAAGACAGUCGAGUCGAGUCUGAAGACGUCCAUCAUCUACUGAGUGACCCAGCAGCCUCCUGCCCCCACAGGCUCCCUGGACCCUCAGGGCCCCGCUCCCACCCCUCACCCCGUCCCUCCACCCCCUGCUCCAUGCCCACUGCCCA